GGAGGAGAUGCUGAUCGAGGCGGCGGGCGGCGGAGGAGGCGGCGGCGGUGGCGGCGGGAGCAGAGGCGGCGGCGGCCCCAGGGGCGCCCUCACCUCCUCCUCCUCCUCCUCGCUGCCCUCCCGGGUCGGGCAAGCCGGCGUGGGCGCCCCCCACCACCACCCUCACCCCGAGGAGCUGGAGGAGGAGGCCGGCCUGGGCGAGGGCGACCCCGGCGACUCCGCCAUCGAGGACCCGGAGCUGGAAGCCAUUAAAGCCAGGGUACGAGAGAUGGAGGAAGAAGCCGAGAAGUUGAAAGAGUUGCAAAAUGAAGUGGAGAAACAAAUGAACAUGAGCCCCCCACCCGGCAACGCUGGCCCGGUCAUCAUGUCUUUAGAAGAAAAGAUGGAAGCCGACGCCAGAUCUAUAUACGUAGGAAAUGUAGAUUACGGGGCAACGGCAGAAGAAUUGGAAGCCCACUUCCACGGCUGUGGUUCCGUCAACCGUGUGACCAUCCUGUGUGACAAAUACACGGGCCAUCCCAAGGGGUUCGCCUACAUUGAAUUUUCCGACAAGGAAUCGGUGCGGACUUCCUUAGCGUUAGAUGAAUCCCUGUUCAGAGGGAGACAGAUCAAGGUGAUUCCCAAACGGACCAACCGGCCAGGCAUCAGCACGACAGACAGAGGCUUUCCCAGGACCCGGUACCGAGGGCGAGGCUCCGGCUACAGCAGUUCCAGGGCCCGUUUCUACAGUGGCUUCAGCAGCAGACCGCCCCGAGGGCGUGCUUACAGGUCUGACCCUUAAAAAGGGAUCGGCAUGUUGGGGAGGGUGUGUGUGUGUGUGUUGAUCCACAGUAGGCGGUCAGAGUCACGCUUGCCGAUGGCGAGGUAGCAAUCCCAGGCUUAAAACAAUCCGGCAUCUCUUUAACUGAUCAAGUGAAACAGACCCACGAAAAGGCUCCUGCAAGCCAGAUUUACAGUAGUUUUUGGCGUAUCAGAGGCACUGCCCCACACUCCCCAAAAAGUGGGUGGAAAUGUCAGUGUGUCUUAUGCAGCAAAUGUUGCCGAAGCCCUGACCACAUCGGCCAGCUCCCAUCCUUCGGCCUCUGCCUCCCAGCAGUUUACCUCCUUGCAGCAAACAGCCUGGUCAGCUUCAGCACAGCCUGACUUAGCACGAGCAGCUGAUUGGUGGUUGGAUCUGCCUCCCGGAACACAACCGAUCAGCUGUUCCAGGCUGUGGGGAUCGGUACUGUUGCUGCCUUUCGCCGUUGUCACCUAUUGCCACCUCCGCGCGUACUAUUUUCGGCCCUUCGUGCAUCCCAUCUUUGGCCUCCGCAUGUCCCAUUUUCAGCCCGUUCCAGGUGCCGGGGAUAAGCGGUGGCGGCUGGAACGGGCCAAAAAUGGGACGCGCAGAGGCAAAAAACGGGGCGCGCAAAGGCUGAAAACAGGAUGCACAGAGGCUGAAAUUGAGGCCCACGGAGGUGUCGAUAGGUGACAGCGGGAACGGAUGCCGAUGGGUAACGUUGGUCCCUGCAGCUUGGAACAGCUGAUAGGCGGUAUUCUGGGAGACAGACCCAACCACCAAUCAGCUGCUCGUGGUAAAUCAGGCUGUUUCCUGCAAGGAGGAAAAUUGCUGGGAGGCAGAGGCAGAUUUUUUCCCCCCCUUGUUUUCUUCCCCAAAAGCUAGGUGCGUCUUAUACUUCGGAGCAUCUUAUAGUCUGAAAAAUACGGUAGUUGAUUUUAGGCUAAAAAGAGAGUUCCUUCCAUUGAUCCACAAGAAAGAGGCCCAUGAAAGGGCUCCUGCAAGCAGGGUAGAUUUGAUUUAAAUCGAGUCGAUUUAUAUCGCGAUUUAAAUCACUAGUAAAAAGGGCUUGAUUUAAAUCGACUUGAUUGUAAUCAUGAUUUUUAGAGAGCAACUUGCCGUCUCAGUCCCGCAUCGGCUCCUCCUCUGACUCACCGCUGUCGCCUCACCGACAAUCCCAAUAUCACAGAAUAUACAGCCUCCUGCUGUGUAACUUAAGCUCCAUUUCACGCUGAAUAAACUAAAAUACGAAUGUAUCUUAAAUAGAAAACGAUCUUGAGAUAGAUUCUUACUCCAAAAGCAUUUUAUUAAAAUAAAUUUGAUUAAAAAAAAACAAUUUAAAUUUUAAAAAUCUGAUUUUUUUAUUAAAAAAAUCAUCGAUUUUUAUUCACUCUGCAUUGCAAGCCAGGUUAGUUAAUUUGGGUAAAAAAAAAGAGAGCGUGAAAGCGGUUCAACAACGAUUCGGCGAUCCGAGAAUUUUUCCAUUUUCCUGAGCUUUCCAAUUGACUGGCAUGCCUCGAGGGACGACCACCAUCGAGCCCAAAAUGGGCGUUGCUAUGUGAGACAUAACGUUAAGUGAGUCCUGCCCCAUUUGAGUCCCAAAAUGUCGACUGAUAAGUUGAGACGUUUGUUAAGUGAGUCCUGCCCCAUUUUACGACUUCUUCUUGCCUUUGUCAAGAGAAUCACUUCAGUCGGGGGCAGUCAUCACUUAAACCAGGGGUCUGCAAUCUUAAACAAUCAAAGAGCCAUUUGGACCCGUUUCCCACAGAAAACAAAACACCGGGAGACACAAAACCUUCCGGUGCCUGACUAUUUCUUGAGUGACUACAAAACUAGCAUAUGUAGUUGAAUAGUUUUCUUGUAGUUUUCUUUGAUUUAUCUAUGAUUGGCCUACCGGAGGUUGAAAAGCUCAAUAAAUUGCGUGCUGGUGGGUGUCGCACAUUGUCGGUUGUGAUGCAUAUUUUGAGUGAUAGUGAGCCGUAGCAGAGGGGUUGAAAGAGUCACAUGCGGUUCCAGAGCUGCAGGUUGCUGAUCCUGACUUAAACCGUAUUACUAAUUUACGAACCGCAGCGAUUCACUUAAUAGCUGUGGCCUGAAAAGUCGUAAAAUGGGGCACAGCUCUUUUAACCAAUGUCUCGCUUAGCAACAGAAACGUUUGGCUCCCUCACGGCCGUUGAGGACUACUUACCCUGAUAAAACUCAAUUUUUUCAGAAACCUCUGAGAGUCAAAACAUUGUUUUUUUGACCUCAUCGGGUUCUUGAAUGAAAAGUCGAUUAAAGUUUCAAAUUAGCUUCAGAAUGUGAGAACCCAAAGCAAGAUAAUAAUAAUAAUAAAAAGAGUGCCAACGUCGUAGGGACGGACUUCGCCAAAAUUCAAAAGCCUUUUUUGGGAGAUGCCAAAGCCUCCAUUUUUUCACAUUUAAAAAAAAAAAAUCCCAUUUCUGUAGUUUUUAAAAGCUUAUUUUUAUUUUAUUUUUUAAAGAAAAAUAUACCUCCUUCAUUAACUUGUUUCCUUCUUCUCUUCACAGGGGCCGGGCCAGAGCGACCUCAUGGUAUUCCCCUUACUAAAAACAAAACAAAAAAAAAAGUGGUUUUUUAGGAAGGAGGAAAAAAAAAAGAAAAAAAAUGAAGAUUGUUACCAUGAUGGAAAUUUUUUUUUUAUAUAUAUAUAUAUAUACUGUUGGUGGGAGGAGGAUGUUUCUAACGCUGUGCAGAGAAAGAGGGUUGACGUAUACUGGAGGGAGGGGAGAAAGAAAGAAAAAAAAAAUAUUUGUGGGGCAGCCGAGCUGUUGUUAAAAAACACCUGGUAGUAUUGUUGAGAGAGAUUCCCUCUCCGCCCUUCCUUCCCUUUUUGCGGGUUUUUUUUUGGGGGGGGGAUUCUUCCUCUGUGUUUUUAGGAGGGGAGGCAAUGCCGGGGAGGGUGUCCUCAUCCCUUCCAAAAUUCUGUGAUUCUUUUGUUUCUCUUCUUCUGCUCCUUCGCUCCAUUGUGUGUCUUCGUAUGUCUGGCAUUUAUUUCCCUGCUUGGUUCCCGCUGCCUUUUCAUCGCUUUGCCUUGCCCUUCCUUCCUUCCUUCCACCCAGAUUAGCCAGGAAGAAGCUGGCAUUCAAGGCUUCGUCGCUACUUUUUUUCCAGACAUCCCUCGCCCGACCUAUGUUUCUGCCCGGGACAUCCUCAAAUGCCCCAUCCCAUUCUGGCUGGAGGUUGCAGAAGGAAUCCAUCCCUGCCUCUUACUCUCCAUCACCCUUUCGCUCCAAUCUUGGAAUUUUGUUCUGCACCCAAAUGUAUUGUUCUAAAAAAGACUGAUUCCUGUUUAAAAAAACAGGUUUCUUCCUCCUUCCUUCCUUCCUUCCUCCCU